AUGGCUAACGUUCACCAUAUCUCGGUGCCAUCUAAGGUGCUGUUCCAAAAAGCCCGCAAGCUUGUUCCUCCAAUGCUGGAGAAAUUUCACAAGGGACAACAGGGUAGAGUUGCUGUUAUUGGAGGCUCGCUAGACUACACAGGCGCACCAUACUUCUCUGCUAUGGCGUCAGCUAGACUAGGGUGUGAUCUGAGUCAUGUUAUCUGCGAAAGCUCGGCUGCUACUGUCAUUAAAUCAUACUCACCCAAUUUGAUGGUGCACCCGAUCUUACCGAGCAGCGCUUCCGUCAAGGACCCCAGCUCCAUUGAUGCUCCGUCUCUUGCAAGCCCGAUCAUCGCAAUGCUCGGGCGGCUCCAUGCACUUGUUAUUGGACCCGGUCUAGGUCGGGAUGGCGUUACUCUUAAAGUAGUCACAGAGGUGAUGAAGGAGGCACGGUCCCGCUCAAUACCCUUUGUCCUAGAUGCGGAUGGCCUGCUCCUGGUCACAGAGAACCCAGAUCUGGUGAAGGGGUACAAGGACUGUAUCCUAACGCCUAACGUCAAUGAGUUCAGUCGCCUAGCCAAGGCUCUUAAUAUCGAGGUCCCAAGUCUAGCCCAAAUCUCGUCAAAAGAGAGCGGAGACAAAACAAGCAAGGAAGCGGAAGCCUGCGAGAAGCUCUCGCAAGCCCUGGGCGGCGUCACCAUAAUCCAGAAGGGACCACACGAUGUCAUUUCAAACGGAGUCACGAGCAUUGUCUCUGAUCUACCAGGAGGCCUGAAGCGCAGUGGCGGACAGGGCGAUACUCUCACUGGAUCGUUGGGCACCUUAUUGGCCUGGCGAGCGGCUUACCACGAUGCACUUUGGGACUCGGGCGAGCAAGAACACUCAAAGGAGGCGGAGAAUAAGGAGGAGGUCCAAGGGGAGCUGGAGUCGAACAAAAGAAUGUCUCCAAGCACAACUUUGCUGCUGGCUGCGUGGGCAGGAGCUGCAAUUACCAGGGAGUGUUCCCGUCGCGCUUUCAAGGCAAAGGGGAGGAGCAUGCAGGCUAGUGAUCUUACGGAUGAGGUGCACGAAAGUUUCCUAACGCUCAUCGGGGAGCCUGAGGGGUCGAAGGUGCCCGAACGUCUUUAG